CUGCCAUGGUAGAGCCUCCUUUCGCUGUGAUCCCUCCAAACCACUAACGGAAGGGAGAUGCGCUGCCCAAAAAGGGAUUCUUCGGCACCUCAUACCUCACAUUACUGAUCGGCUUUACCAGGAACCAUGGUGAGCAGAGAGGGUGGAAAAUGCGUGCUCACCAACUCUGAGUCUGACUCAGAGGUGGCGGCACUGCCGGCGGCAGCCCUGGAAGCCAAGUGCUCCCUGGAGCCCGGGCGGCAAGUGAGGAAACGGAACAAGGCCCUGCAGGUCCGCUUCAAGGACAUCUGUGAGGCCCAGAACGAGCAGCGUGAGACCACUGGGGAGAAGUGCAGGCCUGCUCCCUCCAAGGGAGUCUACCGGAAGUAUAUGACGGUGCCGGCAAGGCGCUCAAUCCCAAAUGUCACCAGAAGUACAGGCGUGCAGACAUCACCAGACCUGCGCAAGCGCUACCAGACCUUCCCCUUCGAGCGCAAGAAGGGGCACACCAUAAAGCACGUGGUGGCUGUAGAGAGCUUUAAGGUGCACAACAAUGGUUUUGUGCUCGAGGGGUUGGGGGCUGGGGCAGCUACACCAGAGGGCCUGGAGGAUUCCACUCAGAGUGGGGCAAAAGCCAUGGAGAAAACACAAGCAAUGCUCCACACUACCCAAUGUGUGGCCACGGUGGAGCGGCACCCUGGAGGGAACUGCCUAGACGACUCUGUGUUGGUCAGCUUCUCUCGCACAAGCCCCUGCACCCCCAACAUCUCCAACUGCAGUGUGGACGCUGAAUUCCAGAUUUGUAGCGUCAGAGACAGGCAAGGAGACGGCCUGUCUUCGGAAGAGGUAAACUCCACCACAACUGCCAGCCGUCGACUGUCAAACUUUGAGGAGACCCCUAGCAGAGCCCUGCAGGACAUAGGCUCAGGGGUUUCGGGGCCUAUUGCCUGGAACUCCCUGACACAGGUGGAGUGCCUGGAGAGCCCAUCGGCCCGGAGCAAAAGGAAGAAAACCCUGCACCUGAACGGCCUGCAGUCGCGGGGGCAGUGCCAAGCCAGGCAGCCUGUGGAGGGGCCCGUCUGCCCCGGUGAUCCCACCGCCACAUCCACCACAGCAGCAGUGCCGACCCACGGCAGCCAAGCCUGCCAGCAAAUUGUGCCCAUGGCUCAGGAAGGGGACCUCAAAGCACAGCUACAGGUGAUGGAGAACCUGAUCAGCUCCAGUCAGGAAACCAUCAAAGUUCUGCUGGGAGUCAUCCAGGAGCUGGAAAAGGGAGAGGCUCACCGGGAAGGCCUCUCCUACCGGACCGGACAGGACACAGCUAACUGCGACACAUGUCGAAACAGCGCGUGCAUUAUUUACAGUGUGGAGCUAGACUUCAAGCAGCAGGAGGACAAGCUGCUACCCCUCAUGAGGAAGCUGUGUCCAAUGGAGGAUCCCCAAUUCCCAUCGCUGCCUUAUUCCCAGGAAGCCUUCACAUCAACCCCAAAACGGAAGUCCAAAACAGAGUCUAAGAAGCAUGCCCGCUGGAAACUCUGGUUUCUAUAGGAAAUGUCAAACUGGUUCCUCUUUGCCCCCCUCUCACAGACAAGAAUCUUAAAGCCAACAGGCAAAUUUAUACACUCUAUCGAAUGUCCCAGUUAGCACUCCUUCUGGAUAUCAAAACUUACAGCUGGCCAUUGUCCACACUUGAAAAUGAGCCAACAACAGAAGAUUCAUAUUUUUUCCUUUGCUGAAAAGGAUUCUGAACAAAAUCACAAGGAACAGGGA